UCCACCGCAGCAGCAGCCGGUCGCACGGCUCUUCCCCAGUCCAGACCACGCGCCCUGGUGCGCGUCUCUCUGACUGCUGCUGCUCUACUCGUCCCUCGAAUUGAAUUGAAUUGGCUUAUCCACGGCCUGCAUUCCCUUCCCCGCGGUGACCGCAAGGUUGGUGGUGGUUCGCCUCCUCGCCCCCCCCGAACUCAUACCGUGUCGCCGUUGGGGUGCGAGACGCGGUGGUCACAUGUCCGCCAUUUGAGCGUCCCUAACAAGCAAAGUAUUCAAUCAUUCCAUCCAUUCUGUCUCCACCGCCUCAGGCCUUGAGGGGAUAUCUCUUCCUCUCGCCGUCGCUCGGUCAAGAUGAUGGGCUUUAAUGGUCAUUCGUUUCAUCAGCAACGGCAGCCUCAGCAAAAUGCCCACCCCCAGCACCCCCAGCAUUUGCAGUCCCCAUCUUUGGCGGCCGCCGCCCAUCCACAACAUGGCACCGGCAUGCCCGGGAAUAACGCCUUGUUUCGGGGUCAAUCGCAGGCGGAAUUGGCGGCCCAUUCCCCGGAUCUCCGCAAGAUGACCCCGUCCUCUACCGCCCCUUUAGUUGGGCUCCCCACGGGGGGUCAUUAUAGUCCGUUCCCCGGACAUUACCCACCACAGGGCUCGUCAGACCUGCUGUCUCGUAAUGCAGACUCCGUUGGUCAAUUGAAGGACCCCUAUCUAUCCUUGCAGAGUUUGCAGCGGAAUAUGAACCCCAUGGCCAAUUUCCGUGCGCAUCAAAACGCGAUCAAUUCGCAGGCUGCCAUGUCUCCACAUGCGCACGCAAUGGGGCUCGCUUCCCCCCAGCAGUCCUUUGACCGAUUGCAGCAGCAGCAGCAGCAUCUUCAGCAUCGACAGACUCCCCAUGCACACCCGACGACGCAAACUUCUGCAGCUGCUUCGCCGAUGCUGACAACCGCCCAACCCCAGCAUGCCUUCCAUCAGACUGCAUACCAGCAGGCGCAGCAACAAUCGCCUUACCAGCAAGCUCAAGCGUCACCGUACCAAGCGCAACAGGCGCAUUAUCAACAGGCACAACAGGCGCAGUACCAGCAGCAGCACCAACAUCAGCAGUCGCCGUACCAAACACAAGCGCAGCAGUCCCCUUAUCAGCAAUCCUCGCAUCAAACGUAUCAGCAGCAACAGGCGCAGCAACAGGCACAACAGCAGGCCCAGCAGCAAGCACAGCAGAAAGCCCAACAGGCCCAACAGGCCCAGCAGGCCCAGCAACAGGCCCAGCAAGCUCAGCAGCAGGCCCAGCAGAAGGCUCAGCAACAAGCGCAACAACAAGCCCAGCAACAGGCGCAACAAAAAGCCCAGCAGGCGCAACAAGCUCAACAGCAAGCUCAGCAGCAAGCUCAGCAGCAAGCUCAGCAACAGGCACAGCAGCAGGCCCAACACCAGGCUCAGCAGCAAGCACAGCAACAGGCCCAGCAACAGGCCCAGCAGCACGCUCAGCACGCUCAUCAACAAGCCCAACAGACUUACCAGCAACAGCAGUCUCGGUUUCAACAGCAGCAGGCCCAACGGUCCCCGUAUCAGCCACAGCCCCAACAGCUUCAAUUUCAACAUGCGUAUCAGCGGCAGUAUUCACAGCCGCAGCCGCAGCCGCAGCAGCAUGCCAUUGUCCAGCAGCAUGCCAUGCACCAACAUCAAGCGCAGCCGCAGCCGCAGCAGCAUCAUCCGAUGUUGCAACAGCAUCAGGUACAACAACAGCCAUCACCUGCACAAGCGAAGAUGCAACUGCAACAGCAACGCCCGCCACAAUCCUCCACCCCAGCUAGUAUGGCCGGGGCCGAGCUUAUUGCUCCAACACCGGAGAAAACCGAGAGUGCUGGCACUAAGCAACGGAAGAAACCGUCCAAGCCUUCUGCAUCUCCAGCGGCGUCUGUUACUCAAGUCAAUGGGCAAGCUCCAGCUGGAUAUCCAGCUGCCACUACUGUUCCUGCUGCGGCUUCUGCUCCUGCUCCCGGUCAUGGCCCGACUCUUGUUCCUGGUCACGGACCCACUCCUAAUCCCGCGACUGUGCUCAGUUCUGCUCAGGGACCUGGACCUGCCACCACUGCUGCUGCUGUUGCUGCUACUGCUGCUGCACCUGGCGCAGAAGGGACUGCUCCAGCCACAACCCCGUCGGGCAAAAAGAGAGGUCGUCCACGUAAACCUGUAGUGCCCGGAGAGGAGAAGAAGCCCAGACCGAAGAAACCCAAAAAGACUCAGACGGUGACCACAACGGCACCAGCUGUACAGCCGGCGCAGCAACCGCGGGCCCAACCUCAGCCUCAUGCACAAGCUCAACCGCAAGCCCGGCCUCAGCCUAGGGCGCAACCUCCGCAACCCUACCAACAUCAUCAUCAGUUCCAGGUUACCCCGCAGCCUCACAACAUCCACGGGCAUCAAAUGCAAGGCCAGUCCAAAGGCCAAUCUCAGGCGCAUCAGAUGCAUACUUCGAGCCAAGCUCAAUUCCAAGCACUGCAGCACCAAUUCCAGGCUCAUCCUCAACCUCUUCCCAACAACCCCACCCAUAACCAGAAUCAAGCGCAAGCGCAGUCCCGCCCAACACCGAGUCAGCAGCCAUCUCAGGCACAGGCACAACCUAGACAAGCUCAAGCUCAAGCGCAGGCUCAGGCUCCGACGCAGGCUCCGACGCAGGCCCAGGCCCAGGUUCAGACUCCGACUCAGGCACAACCCAGACAAAUACAAGGCCAAGCUCAACCUCAGGCACAGCCCCAAGCACGUCAAAUCCAGGCGCAACCACAGCCUCAGGUGCAGGCGCAGCCCCGCCAGAUGCAUCCUCAACCCCCGGCGCAACCGCAGGCGCAACCGCAACCGCAGGCCCUGCCCCGUCAAAUACCCGCUCAAGCCCAGCCACAAGCCCAAAUCCACCACCCCCAGGCUCACCAUUUCCAGCCGCAUCAGCUGCAAGCCCAAGCUCAGGGUCAUCCUCACCCUCAUCAAGCUCACGCCCACCCUCAGUUUCACAUGCACCCCCAUCUCCACCCUCACCCCCACGCCCACGCGCAAGCGCAAGCUGCAGACCCGAUGAGCUUGAACCCGCCCCAAAAGCGCGGUGCGCCUGUGGAUGAUGACCCACGUAAACGGGCCUUCCUGAUGCCUCAGCAGAUGUAAUUCUUUGCCCGUGACGUGCUGCACAUGAUGCCUACCUGCCUGCUUGAUUGACACGCUAGAUGCCACGAAACGCACUGAUGUCGUCCCAUCCGUUUGUUUUACUUCAUUGUUAAUUUUUUUUUAAUUCCCGAUGCCAUCUCAUCUUCCUGGACGUUCUUCUGGCGAGUCUCCAUCAUCUCACACG